AAGGGAAUGUUACAGUUGCAAUGAAUAAAAAUGACUACAGACAAAGAAUGAAUAAUAUAAUAAAUGACAUUAUGAUAUAUCAACGUAUAAAUAAGGACCCUACAACACAUUUAAUAAAAAGAAAUAAUGAACUGGUAGAUGAACUGUUUAAAAACAAUAUAAUUUCAGUUUUAGAAAAGAAAAGACUGAAAACAGACGUGGCCACAGCUCCUAGAUUAUACGGACUUCCUAAAAUCCACAAGGAAGAUUACCCUUUGCGUCCAAUUUGCUCAUCAGUCAAUUCUCCAUCAAUUAAACUCUGCAGAUAUAUCGUCAACAUUUUGAAAAAUGUUUUUGAAAAAUGAAAAAAUUUAAGGAUAAACUACAGAAGGUCACCAUCAAAAAAACGGAAAGAAUGGUGUCCUUUGAUGUUGUUUCCCUGUUUCCUAGCAUUCCCGUAGACUUAGGAAUUCGUUUAAUAGAAGAUAGAUGGGACGAAAUAAAAGAAUAUACAAAUAUGACAAAGGUCUUAUUUUUCAAUAUUCUUACUUUCUGCAUCAAGGACAACCGCUAUUUCAAAUUUGACGACAAAGUGUACAAACAAAAGAGAGGACUUCCAAUGGGUUCGCCGGCUUCUCCGAUUGUAGCCGAUUUGGUGAUGGAGAAAUUACUUGACACCUGUUUGGAAAAACUUACAACAAAACCGACGAUUGUGACGAAGUAUGUUGACGAUCUUUUUGUGAUUCUUGAAGCAAGUGCAAUACAAGACACAUUGACAAUGUUAAACAGCUUUAAUAACAAUAUCAAAUUUACGAUGGAGGAAGAAUUACAUGGAAGAUUACCCUAUUUGGAUACAAUAGUCUGUAGGAACAAUGAGAAAAUAGAAUUUGAUUGGUACCAAAAACCGACAGCUUCUGGCAGAAUCAUUAAUUUCUUUUCAAAGCAUCCGAAACAAAUAAUAAUUAACACUGCUAAAAAUUUUGUACACAGAGUAUUGAAUAUAAGUGACGAAAAAUUCCACAGCCGAAACAAAAACAAAAUCAGAGAAAUAUUGACAAUGAAUAAUUUUCCAAUGAACAUGAUCAACAACUUUAUUGAAUAUAGACCCACAAGACCAAAGCAGGAAAAAGAGGAAAAAACAUACAAGUCGAUGAUUUACAUACCACACAUGUCAGAAAGGUUCUUAAAAUCUAACAUAUACGACAAGAAUACAUUUGCAAUAGCGCAAAAAACGAACAACACUCUAAAAAAGUUUUUCAGCGACACUAAAAGCAAAAUAAACACCGAAGACAAACACAACGUAAUUUACCAAAUUGAAUGCGAGGGAAACAACAACGAAAAAUGUGGGAAACUGUACGUUGGGACAACAAAAAACAGACUUAAAACGAGAAUGUCUGCACACAAAUCAAACAUCAAAUGCAGAAACGAAAAUGAGACACAAAAAACAGCUCUUGCUGAGCAUUGCAGGAGAAAUAACCACACACCAAACUUUGGGAAUAUUAAAAUACUACAAACGGAGAGUAACUACAACAGGAGAUUGACUUUAGAAAUGUUACAUAUUAAUAACCUACCAACAACAAAGAGAAUAAACUAUAAGAGCGACACCGACAACGCAGCUUAUUGCUACCGCCAUCUCACACAGAAAAAUAGAUCGUGCAAUAUGUAAAACAACUCAGUGCAAUAUUUACCACAGACGAUGAUAGUGAAAUUCUAUCGUAGGUUUAAGUAAAACUUGACACUUUUAUAGAUGUUUUACAUAUCUCCCUGAAGAUGCAAUGUAACCCAUUGCGAAAUAUCGGAUUUUAAUAAAGGAAAAAAACCCAGACCUAAAGCUCAAAGAAAUAUUUAUU